AUGGAAGAGGACUGCCUCUGUCCUCCACUCUCACUGGCAGAGAUAGUUAAAAGCAAUAUCGUAGCAUGUUGGGGCAAGGAGAAUUCAGAAGUAAAAGACUGGAUCGCGUGCUUCGGAGGAGGAAAUGAAUCACAACCAGAAAGCCAGGAAGACCCCCGGGAAGUACUUAAGAAAACAUUGGAAUUCUGCUUGUCCAGGGAGAACCUUGCUAGUGACAUGUACCUUAUAUCGCAGAUGGACAGUAAUCAGUACGUGCCAAUCACCAUGGUUGCUAACCUGGGCCACAUCAAGAAGCUUAGCACCGACAUGGACUUGAUUGUCGAAGUGCUGAGGUCUUUACCUUUAGUCCAAGUGGACGAGAAGGGAGAAAAAGUGAGGCCAUACCAGAACCGCUGCAUAGUCAUCCUGCGCGAGGUCUCUGAGUCCACACCCGUAGAGGAAGUAGAAGCACUAUUUAAAGGAGACAACUUACCGAAGUUCAUAAACUGUGAAUUCGCCUAUAACGAUAAUUGGUUUAUUACAUUUGAGACAGAGGCAGACGCACAACAGGCGUACAAAUAUCUGCGAGAAGAAGUCAAAACUUUUCAAGGAAAACCAAUUAAGGUGCGGAUAAAAGCAAAGGCAAUAGCUAUAAACACGUUUUUGCCGAAGAACGGCUUCCGGCCCCUGAACUUGAGCCUCUACACGCAGCAGCGCUACACGGCCUCGUUCUACUUGCCUUCGUUCUACUUGCCUCCGGUCUACAGCGCCCAGCAGCACUUCCCUCUCUACAGCCUGGUCGCCCCCCAGGCCUGGUCAGCCACACACAGCUAUCUCAACCCGCCCCUGGUAACUCCAUUUCCAAAUGCUGGAUUUAUAAAUGGGUUCACGUCUCCCACCUUCAUACCUGCAGCAUUUCCUCUGGCCUCCCUCAGACAGUACCCUCCAGGAAGCAGGAACCCUAGUAAUUCUCACCCGUGCCAUGCCAUCCCCAGUGCAGAGAGGGGGCCUGGGCUCCUGGAAAGUUCUUCCAUGUUUACCUUCACUGAGGAUCAGCUGAUUAAUGGUGUCCAGAGCCCACAGAUGAGGCCGGCAGGUCAGCCUCAAGCAUGGGCACAGACCCCUCCAGCCUUCGCCAAGAGAGACGCAGGGCCGGGGCGCGUGGAGCCGAGCAGUCUGGAGCUCUCCCCUGGCUUAGGUAGAGGAAGGAAAAACUCCUUUGGCUUCCAGAAGAAGAGCGAGGAGAAGUUCACAAGGAGUCAGACUCAGUCUCCAACACCACCCAGGCCUCCAUCCCCCAGCUUUGAAUUAGGGCUGUCCAGUUUCCCCCCGCUGCCCAGGGCAGCAGGGCAUCUGAAGACAGAGGAUUUGUUUGAGAACAGGCUGUCUGGAUUGCUCACAGGAUCGUCCAAAGAAAGGAGCCUAAACGCAGAUGCCAGCACGAACACUCUUCCCGCGGUAGUCCCCCAAGAGCCCUCGUUGCCAGCCCCCUGUGCCACACCCACCACCAUCGAGCACGCUGCCUCCCCCGCCCGCCCGCCCGAGUAA